GCCUCUUCAGAGCGCGCGGCGGCCGUGGCGGCCCCCCGAGAGCGGCGGUCAUGGCGGCGGCGGGGCUGGCGCGGGUGCUGCGCCGGUAUGGGGGCAGAGCGCGAUGCUGCGGAGCACUCCGGAGCCGCCCGAUCCCCUUGCUGGCCGCGCCCCGUCGGGCCGCUGCGCACUUCGCUUUCGAGCCGGACCCGGCACCCAGCGCCUACGGGCAAACUCAGAAGAUGAAUCUCUUCCAGUCCAUAACAAGUGCCUUGGAUAAUGCUUUAGCCAAAGAUCCGACUGCAGUAAUAUUUGGUGAAGAUGUGGCCUUUGGUGGAGUCUUCAGGUGUACAGUUGGCUUGCGAGACAAGUAUGGCAAAGAUAGAGUUUUCAAUACCCCCUUGUGUGAGCAAGGAAUUGUUGGAUUUGGUAUUGGAGUUGCUGUUGCAGGUGCUACGGCUAUUGCAGAAAUUCAAUUUGCAGAUUACAUUUUUCCAGCAUUUGAUCAGAUUGUUAAUGAAGCAGCAAAGUAUCGUUACCGCUCUGGAGAUCUGUUUAACUGUGGAAACCUCACCAUCAGAGCCCCCUGGGGUUGUGUGGGACAUGGUGCGCUGUAUCACUCUCAAAGUCCAGAAGCUUUUUUUGCUCAUUGUCCAGGAAUAAAGAUUGUUAUUCCAAGGAGUCCUCUUCAGGCCAAAGGAUUGCUGCUGUCAUGCAUAGAGGAUAAAAAUCCAUGCAUAUUCUUUGAACCUAAAAUACUUUAUAGAGCUGCAGUGGAACAAGUUCCUGUGGAGCCCUACAACAUUCCUCUGUCUCAAGCUGAGGUGCUGCGACAAGGCAGCGAUGUGACACUGGUUGCUUGGGGCACACAGGUACAUGUGAUCAAAGAGGUUGCAGUGAUGGCUCAGGAAAAGCUAGGGGUGUCCUGUGAAGUUAUUGAUCUGAGGACCAUCUUACCCUGGGAUACAGAGACUAUUUGCAAGUCGGUGGUGAAGACCGGGCGGUUGCUGAUUAGCCAUGAGGCUCCCUUGACAGGAGGAUUUGCAUCUGAAAUCAGUUCCACAGUUCAGGAGGAAUGCUUUUUGAAUUUAGAGGCUCCUAUUUCAAGAGUCUGUGGCUAUGACACUCCUUUCCCUCACAUCUUUGAGCCUUUCUACAUCCCAGACAAAUGGAAAUGCUAUGAUGCCCUUCGAAAAAUGAUUAACUACUGAGCAGUAACACAGAGCUGAGAGGAAAAACAGGAAAAUACAGAAGUCUUCAAAGCUCUUGGCACUUACUAGAAGUGAUUUUGGAAUUCACAUAACAGACUGUUUUCUCUGAACUCAACUAUCCUUAGUAUUUAUCUUGGCUGUUAUUCAGAAAGUUCAAAUCCUCAUUAAUUAUGAAAUUGGUGAUGGACAGGUGAUUGCCAUAAUAAGUAGUGUCAGAUGUAUUUAAAGAUAUUCCAGAUGUUCUAUGAAAGUUACACAUUGCAGUGGUUCACAAGGUUACAUCUCUAAACUUAAUUGUGUAAAUAUUAGAAGCAGAAUUUUAUUCAAUAAAACAUAUUAUACAGACGUGGUCUCUUGGUUCUGUUAUUGUUUUGGGAAAUCCCAAAGAAGCUAUUGGAAUUCUGACUGUAUUUUCAACAAAAUAAACCUUGGACAGCCAGACCAGCUGGUGCCUCUGGUGUGACUAAGACCUCCUUUAAACUGUUUGGUGAGCUGUCUUUCAGCUGACUGUACUUCAUAUAUAAAAUAGCCCCAAAUACCAAUUUUCCUUCCUACAAAGGAAAUGAGAACUCUAUUUUUUCUUGAGGAGGGAGGACAGAUUUUGUUGCAUCCUUGUUAUAGUUAAGAAGCUCCAUUGGUUCACCCCAGUGCAAUAUCUGCCUUCGAUGUUUUUCUUCUAGAAGUGGGAUGUGCUUGCAUGUGAGUGAUUUGUUUAAAAAACGUGCUGUUACACUGCAAGAUUCAUGCUGGAGGUGGGAGAGGAGACACUGCACGUAACAUCUUCUGUUGGUGAGGGCACAGAAGUGCAGAACUACCAACAAGGCAAUACAAUAAAAUUAAACUGGAAUGUUUUUCUCCUACUAAUAAAAACAGCACUGAAUGUCACAAAGUACAAAAAGAAUUCCAGCCUUCCAGGAUGAGAGCUUCUGAGAUCAGUGGAGGUUUGCCAGGUUUUUGAUAGUAUCCUUUUUUUUUUCUGUAUGACAAGCUAAGGACAGAACAAAGAUGCUUGCUAUGAAAGUUGUCCUCUCUUGUCCUACAUUCCAGGACUGCUGAAAGGGCAGCAGAUCUAUCACAGUAGUUUCAAAGCCUGUUAGUGAAUUCCUUUGGUAACAGCUUUUCUCACUUUUCCACCAUCUAAACCGCAAAUUGAGCAGUUCCUAAUCUAUUCUCUCGGUACAAAUGAAUCUACGUGUAAUAACACGUUGCUUCUUAAUUUUGGAGAGGCGGAGUAGUGGGGUGAGAAGGUGGGAAGAAGCCAAGCCAAGAAGCCAGUAGCCAAAUAACACCUCUUCUCUCUAAGGGAGAUCCUUCAGGGAGAAAGAGGAGUAUCUUUUGUAUUUGUUCAGGGCAGUCCCCGGGACGAUGGUUGAAACACCCCAGAGAUGAAGCUCAAGGAAGUAACUUCACUCUGAAUGUCAGUGGAUAUUCUCUCUCCAUGCCUGUCCAUCAUCUAUUCUGAUGAUCUGGGGGAUUAGAGCAGAUCCACAGAAAUCCAGGAGAAAUGUGGCUUUUGGACCAGCACUCUCAGGAGUGUUAUUAUAGGUGUCAAAGUACUUGUGCCCACAUCUCAAAGCAGCUUCACGGGGCUACCAGGCAACUUUCAUCACACUCUCCCAAGCCUCAGGAGCAAUCCUCGUUGUCUACUUUGUUGUUUCUAAGAUGGGCUGAUGCUUGCUUUCCAGUAGAACUCAGUUCAAAGAUCCAGGUUCAAAAGAUGUUUACCGAUGGAAGGUGCUUAAUUUAUAAUGCUUCAGGUCCUGCUGCCAUGUUGUCUAAGAUUCUGCAUUCAUAGUCUGUUGCCCACAUUAUCUUACAGGAAGGAAAGGAGGAGGAAGACAUUUUGUCAUAACACCACCGAAAAGUAAUCAGUUAAUUAAUAUUUCUCAUCAAAAUUACAUUAUUAGUCUUCUCUAAAUGUGUUCUCCCUGUAAGUCUUCUGUAAAUGCUGUGCAUAGAAUUUGUUAAUUGUUUUAAAUGCAAUGGGUGCAUUAUGUAUGUUAUAUUUUGUCCCACGUGAUGGCAACGCUUUUGUUUUUAUGAAGAAAAAUGAAUUUUAAAAUUUCUCUUUGUAGAAAAUGAAUAUUUUAUUACCUGUCUUUUUAGAAUGUGCUGUUACUGUAUUUUCAAGCAUAUAAAAUAGAUACAGUACUGCCAGUUUAAAAUGUGCUGUCUUUAAUAGCCUUAAUAGAAUGCCUUGCAUUUGUACUUUUCAUAGAUACAAGCAUUUUCUAAUGUAUUGCAGAGUUUAAAAUUAACUUACAUGUAUGGAAAUACAGAAAUAAUGUAUUUCUCAAUAAACAUGUAGAAAAUAUUUUCUCUUCAUGCAAACUACUACGCUGUUUGAAGAGUAUUUUUUGCAUUUUCAGUGAGUUGUGAAUCGUUUUUUAAUCAUAUGAAAAUUGUUCCUCUUUCCACCACUUUUGAGAACAGAAUCCUUUUCCCGGGCAAAGAUGGUUCAUAUUCGAAGGUACUGUGCUGUUCCCACAAGCCUGCCUAGAUGGCACUGUGCACUCAUGUAACCUCACAGGUGCUGCUGCUGGAGAGUGUAGCGGACAAAUUAUUUAUGGCUCUAAUUGGAAAGGGAGGUGUAUGCUGACACAUACAAAUAACUGUCUCAUUAAAUUCCUCACUAAUAUAAAC